AUGACUGACAGAAUAACAUUGUCCCCAGAACUGACGCCGCCAUUGUUACUCCGGUGUUUGCGGGAGCGGCCGCUAGAGGCGCUGCUGUCUGCGCCAGUACAAGCACCCGACUUUGCUUAUGCCUUCGGGCCUAGCGUCGACGGUGUUGUUAUAGACACCGGCGAUCUGUUAGUGAACCCUGAGAAUGGCUACGAGUGGGGAGGACAGACAGUUGCACAUGCGCCGCUUGGCAAGCAAGCGCAGAACGCCAUCAACAUCAUCAACGCCGUACUCAUGAGAAAGAGCGCUGUGGCACAACUUACUAAAUACGACUUGAUGUUAGGAGUGACAAAAGCAGAAGCAUAUUUCGCCUUCAGCGGAGAUGACGUCCAGUACGGCAUUGAGGCUGACAGGAGAUCGAAGAUCUUGAAGUCUUUCGUCAGGAACACCUAUAGUUAUCAUCUUUCUGAGAUUCUUGCAACUAUCAUCAAUGAAUACACUGAUUGGGAGCGGCCUGUGCAACACCCAAUUAAUAUAAGGGAUGAAACACUGGAAGCACUCAGUGAUGCUCAAGUAGUGGCUCCGAUGGUCCUCACAGCAGAUACACAUUCAGCGCUCCGUCGUAACUCCUACCUCUAUGUGUUCGAUUACCAGACGAAGUAUGGAGAUUAUCCACAGCGCCAAGGUUGUAUCCACGGUGAAGAGUUGCCCUACGUGUUUGGUGCCCCACUAGUGGGCGGACUGGCCCACUUUUCGAGGAACUAUACGAAAGCUGAAGUAGCCCUUUCAGAGUCCGUUAUGCUAUAUUGGGGCAAUUUCGCAAAAACCGGGAAUCCCAACGAAGCGCAGGAGAGUGACCCAAUAAGGGCAGGUAGACAAGAAAGAGUGAGAAUGAAGAAUAUAGAAUGGACUGCUUACGAAGCAGUACAUAAGAAGUACUUGAACAUUGACACCAAAGCUAAAUUGAAGAACCACUACAGAGCUCACAGAUUGUCAUUCUGGCUGAACUUAGUACCAGACCUACACCGUCCUGGAGGUGAGGAUGUGCCUCCAUCGCAUCAUCAGCUUGAGCAUGAGGAUGCUGCUCUUCAACCUACGCUCAAAACAUUCAGUCCACCAUUCAAAAAGACUACAGAUAUGGUGAUUACAGAUACUGGUUUGGCGACUAAGAUUCCGGUCUUGGGUAUCCUGAAUAUCACGUCUCCAUUGAACUUCAAUAUCAUUGGAGUCAAUACUCCUACACAAAGCACUGCUGCUACUGAAGUCCAUAAAACUGAUGCAACUACUGCAACCCCACCAGAGGACGGUUUCGCAGCAUAUUCUACUGCUCUUAGUGUAACUAUAGCCAUAGGAUGCUCUUUGCUCAUAUUGAAUGUUCUCAUAUUUGCUGGUGUAUACUACCAACGAGACAAGACUAGAAUGAAUGGACAAGAUGGUCACACAAAUGGAGCUCAUUUAAAAAAACGAGUCGAGAAUGGCCAGAUGCCGAACAACAUUUGUGGUGACUUAGAGGGAGCGUUGACUUACCAAACAAGUCUGAAGAAUGACCCUGCUACAAUUUUAAGCCAUCAUCAUCAUUCCCAUCAUCAAUUACCACCCCCAGAAUUCGCAGAUCUUCCAAGUAAUAACGUCGCUGGUAUGGCGACUUUGCCUCGGGCGCCUCCUCCGCCAAAACUUGGGAAGAGUAAUAUAAAUACACUAGCAAGUGGGCAGCUCCAAGAGAACCAGCCCUUGCUAUCAGCACACAGAUGCAGAUGAUCAAUACGAGCACUCUGACGAAAAAGAACACGCAACUGAACGCGAAGUCGAAUGUGACGAUGGAGGAGUUGCGUGUGUGACGUCAGCGAGCAUGACUGCAACGAGCCGGCAGUUGCAGCGACGUAGUUCAUCAUGACGAGAUCGUGUGACUUGAGCCGGACCUUCUCAGGUGUGUUACAGAUUAUAUAUAGACAUUUACUGUGCCACUUGAAUCCAGAAGGUUAUAAAUUAUUAAAGACUUUUAUUCCAAGGACAAUGUGAACUGAAUCAGUGAUUUUCUUCAAAAACUCGAAGUGAGAUAUUUGAAUAAGUGACGUUCGUGAUUAUCAUAUCUAAGACGUUGGAGUGUAAUAUAGAGUGUUAUUGGACGAUUUAUCGAUGUAUGUAUAAAAUGUUUGUAAAUAGCGAAAUAAUUGUACAUAGUUCGCAGCUCAGCCGCAUAUCCAUCCUAAUUACAAUUAUGAUAAUCUCAAAAAUAAUGAACUUAAAGUAAAGUAAUAAAGAUUAAUCGUCGUCGCUCUCGCUCGGUUGUUACAAUUGUAUGAAUGCAGAGUAAGUUUCUAUUUAAAAGAAUGGACAUUGUUUCUCAGGCGUUACUGUCAAGAGAUUUAUGUUCUAGAAUAUCUGACGUUGUAAUAAGCUUAUUUUCCAACCAUUUAAGAUGGCAUUUUAUUGUAUUUAAGUGCAGCUAUUUACGUUAAUACUUGCUAUUAAGAUGACUAAACACAAUACUAAGAUUAUUGUCUAAAGCGAUUGAAAAAUGUAUUUCGAUUCUGUCGGAGCGUCGGCGCGGCGUCGGCAUUAAAUGCGAGUCAGUGUAUUUUAUUAAUAGUUCGAGCGGACAAAUCUAAGAGAACAGAAGACCCUUUUGGAGGUCCUUUGAUUCCAAAUAUAAUUUUCCUUUGAACGUCUGAAGUAAUGAAAUUUUGGCAAUUUCUUGUGAUAUUUUAUAAAAUUGUAACAGCCGAUCGAACUUGGAUUUAAUAUUGAAUUUAAAAACUAGAUACUUGAAGAGUAAAGAGAUACCAAUUUAAUCUUCGCCGACCGUUUUGUCGAAGUUAGAAGCAAUAAUGGUUCUUCGAAAAAGUCAGUUUUUAAGCGAUUUUAGUUUUUGAUAGAAAAAAAAAGUUUUGCUGAAGAAACAGGUGGUCGUUAUCUGAAAUCUUCUUUGUUUACGACUAUUUGAGUUUCGUAAUUUACUUUGCUGUUUUACUUGUUGAAAUAAGGCACGAACAUUGAAGAUUUUUUUGCUUUAGCAUUUUGAAUUAUUUACGUAGGGCUGUUCUUACUGCCUCUGAGGUUAAAGAUGAUGCGGCCUGUCUUAAUAUUUUUUGUAAUGUUUCUUCAGCAAAGGAAUUAUUUUUAGUUUUCAACAUAGAUGGACCAAUAGUGUUUGUAAAUAUGUAAAUAAAUUUAGGAGACGGUAUAACAGGUUGUAUGACAUCCUUUCUGUUAAAUUUCAAAACACGACUGAUCCUCAUUAAUUUUAUUAAAAAAAUACGGAUAUUCAAAAUUA